AUGCCGUCCCAAAACCCCACCGGCUUCAACAUCCAAGAAUUCAAAGCUGCCGCUUCUCCCACCUCAACAUGGGCCAAGAGGGACCCCUGGGCCAGGAAUGAGGCAUGGCGCUACACUGGCCCCUUCUCCCGCUUCAACCGCUUCAGAGGUCUCUUUCCGGGCUUCGGUAUCGCUAGCGUUGCUUUCGCCGGAUACUGCGCAUACGAGCACUUCUUCCUCCAGGAUGCGCAUCAUCACGCCUCAGACUCCGCCGGUCACCAUUAG